AUCUAGCAAAAACCGCCAUCACCUCAUGACAAAAGACUAGUUUGUAAAAAGGUUGAGAGAGUCUCUCUCCUAGGUCCUGCGACCUAGCUCCUUUUUCCGCUGAUUCAUGGCUUCCAAGCUUCGAUUUUUGCUUUGUUGAUGUUUUGCACCUGUGGUUUGAUGCUGUUUGAAGUCGGAACCUUGUUCCCUACCUCUUUCAGUCCUUGGAAUUGAGCUUGCCCGGUUAAUUUGCGCUUAGAAGCUGGCACUACUGCCACGAUUUUACUGUUCAUCGUUUCGAUUUAGGGGUGAAUACUUGCUUUUUGUUGUUUUUCUCUGGAUUACGGAACUAUUUUGGUAUCCCCCAUCUCUGGGCGAACAUUACUGACCCUUUUCUCGUGUCUGAAGCUGUUUGUACGCCUUUUCUGUGCUGUUCGCGGAUGGCGAGGAAGAAACAGGGCCAGGGAGAGGUUUCUGAGGCAAGAGUGACCAGGUCCAGGUUCACGCUGCUGGAGAACGAAUUUCCAGCUCUUUCACCUGAAAAAUCUCAUGAGGAAAGUAUUCAGGCCACUGCUGGGAACAUUGCAGGUAAACCUGCGCUGGGAGCUGCUACUUUGCCUGGGAAGGAAAUUGUCCUGUCUCCUGGGAAUUUGUCAACAACUGCUACAAGUGGCGCUGGGAUAUCUGCUUCUAAACAGAAACCAGAGCAGAGCCCCUUGAAAUCUCCUGCUGCUGCUGAACUACAGGUUGCUCCAAAACCUUGGAUUCCGCUGAUGAAUUCUGGGAAGCAGGGGAAGAAAACUGAAUUGGGCUCCAUACCUAUUGGAAAUGAUAAGGAAAUACCUGCUGUACCUAAAGCUAUUACUGCAGCAGCUAGUGUGAAACCUGUGAUUAAUACUCCUGUGCAGCAUAAUGCAGUAACUCCUGCGCAGGUUACACCAAGGGCAGAACCUGAAGCUUUACAGUGGAAGGCGUUGUUUAAAGAUAAUCGUGAUCCGAGCCAUGGGUUUAAGCUAAGGUAUAUCCCUCCUGUGGGUGAGACAUUGGAUUUUGAAGACCGAAUUUUACCAACUAUGGUUGAAAUGUGGGGCUUUUGCUUAGUUGGACACUUCGCCGGAAAUUUCCCCGGGCUCAAAGCAGUCCAUGACAUUAAAGCAAAAUGGGGAGUCAAGUGCCUUGUGAGGUCCCACAAAAAGGGUUGGUUGAUAUUCAAUUUUCAAAGUGGAGAGGAUAGAUCAAAGGUUCUACUUGGAGGGCCAUACACCGUGUUUGGGAAACUACUCAUGCUCAAGGAACUCUCGGAAAAUUUUUCGUUUGAGGAUGAAGAAUUUUUAAAAGUGCCUAUUUGGGUUAAGUUUCACGACUUACCUAUGCAACUAUGGAAUGAGGAGGCCAUGAGCGAGGUAGCUUCCAUGAUUGGGGUCCCAAUAGCUACGGAUAAAAUCACCAAAGAGAGGAUCAACAACGACUAUGCUAGGGUGUUGAUAGAGGUUGACAUCUCGAAGCCGCCGCCACUCUCGUUUCCUAUUCGGUUACCUUCCCAAAAGGUAUUCAAACAAAGUGUUGUUUAUGAAACUUUUCCUAGUUAUUGUUUUCAUUGCAAAGAAUAUGGGCACCACCCAUUUAUUUGUAAGAAGUUAUGUGAGGUUGGGGCAAACAAGGAAAAGGGUAAAAGUGAUGUUUUAGGUGAUAAAACUGCUGGACUUGCACCUGUUAUUGAGCGUCCAGAAGCUGUGGAGACAAACCCGACCGGGUUGGCCCUUAACCCGACUGGGUCACAGGCAGAUUCUACUGCCAAAGGCUCAAACCCGACCGGGUCAAGCCUGAACCCGACCGGUUUACAAGGGCAGGCUGCCCAACAGAGUGAACUGCCUCCUGCGAAGGAAAGAAAGACAAUAGGCCAACUCUUAGGUGUGCAAACUCACCAUGAAUCUUCCGAAGAUGAAGACGACGAGGUAUUUUUAGAAGAAAAUGAAAGGGUAUUAACGAGGGAGACUGACUUGCAUCAAAACGAUGUAGUAAUUAAAUGUGAGGUGGUCAAUGGUAAGAAAUUCCGGCUGUUUGUUAAAGCUUUUAAAUUUGUUCAUACUAAUGUGAUUAGAGUCGAUACCUCUCUUCACCUUACGGAUGACUUAGACAAAAAGGGCCUAAUCUUCACCGCCAAGUGUCUUGAGAGGCUCCCGGGAGUUACAAAGAAGAAAGGGGAGAUUUGUUUUGAUUCAAAGUUUACGACUCCUUUCCGACUGUUCUUUGGCUGAUUAGUUUUAGUGAUACCUUCUUUUUUCGUAGCUGGGUUUGUGGGUUGUUUUUGUCUUGUUCCCUAUACUGUUUCGGGUUCAUGAUGUGUGUUUUGUGAGAAUGUAUGCCUUGAAUUUGUGGUAUCCCGUGAUCUGGGAUAUGCACCUUGCUUGUAAUCGUGAUGCAUUGUACUAUGCUAUUUUCUGGAUAUAUAUACUUACAUUUUAUCCAAAAAAAAGCUAGUUUGUACGAGUCCAUCAAAGGCUAGUUUAUGUUUCAAAAAGGGAUCAUAUGAUACAGAUAUAAUGAAUAGAGCACUUUGUACACCAUAUACUUGAUAUGUGCAAUUGUAUCAUCCGUCUUUAGUGUUGCUCC